AUAAUUUGAUGAGAUAGGAUGAACCUAUAUCAAUGUAUAUAAAAGACAUUGACCAACACCUUAUUAUACAAAGUAAUCAAUUAUAUUUAUUUAUUCUUUGAUUGAUGAGAACGUUUACUGUAGAAGUUGGCCCUGAACAACGCAAUGGUGGUCGCAUCCGUCGGACUUAUUUAUCCCCAGAAACACUUGUUCGCAUUCCAGAUACCACGGUCCACACUUUAUAUGAUGUCCUGACAUUUGCCAAGAAGAAGUAUCCUCAUCGUAACGCUUUUGGUUAUCGUUCCAUUGAAAAAGUGGUGCAAGAAGAAAAACAGGUGACUAAAUAUAUCAAUGGCGAAGAAAAACAAGAAACAAAGACUUGGAAUUACUUUCAACUUUCCCCUUACAAAUAUCUCACCUAUUUUCAAGCUUCCAAAGAAGCUCAUUACCUUGGCGCUGGUUUCGCUCAUCUUGGUCUAUCGGAAAAAUCAAAAGUUGAAUUAUUCGCACCAACAAAUAUGGGAUGGCUUUUGACAGCACAUGGACUAUUCACACAGAACAUGACGAUUGUCACGGCUUAUGAUACUCUGGGUGAAGAAGGAUUAUUACAUUCAAUGAAUGAAACUGAAGUGGAAGCCAUUUUCACAACUGGAGAAUUAUUACCAAUGGUGACCAAGGUUGCUGGGAAAUGUUCAACUCUCAAAUUUGUAGUCUAUGCUGGUGAUGCUAAAUCUGAUCAUCUGGAGAAACUCAAAAACGUCAUUCCACAUGUAUAUACCAUGAAUCAAGUCGCCCAAUUUGGAAAAGCCAAUCAUCGUGAGCCAAGAAAACCUGAACCCGAAGAUAUUUGUUGUAUCAUGUAUACAAGUGGAUCUACAGGAAAUCCAAAAGGUGUUGUUUUAUCUCAUAAAAACAUAGUCGCUGCAGUCGCGGGUUGUCAUAAAUUAUUAGGUCAUCUAGUUACAGAUCAUGAUUCCAUGAUGGCUUACUUACCUUUGGCACAUGUACUUGAAUUCGUGGUGGAAAAUCUAUGUAUCUUUUGGGGCGUGACUUUGGGUUAUGCAUCGGUACGUACUUUGACAGAUGCAUCAGUACGUAACUGUAAAGGUGACAUCAAGGAAUUUAGACCCACAUUGAUGACUGGUGUUCCUGCUGUUUGGGAAUCUAUUAGAAAAGGUGUAUUAGGAAAAAUCAACUCGGCAUCACCCAAGGCUCAAUCUAUCUUCCACAAAGCAUUUGCAACCAAAUCAUGGCUUAUGGAUCGUCGUUUACCUACUACUGUGAUUGAUAAGGUUGUCUUUAGUAAAAUAAAAGAGCAGGUUGGUGGUCGUUUGAGAUUUGCUCUCUCUGGUGGUGCUCCCUUGUCUUUGGAAACUCAAAAGUUCUUAUCUGUGGCCUUGUGUCCUAUCCUUGGUGGCUUUGGCAUUAUGGCUUGUAUCGUAGGUGUAGAACAAUUUGGAUACGGUCAUGUGGGAGCACCAGUACCAUGCUGUGAAAUCAAACUAGUAGAUGUACCUGAUGCCAAUUAUUUAUCAACCAAUUAUCCAAAACCUCAAGGUGAAAUAUGGGUUCGAGGACCAGCAGUGACUAGUAUGUACUGGAAACGGGAGGAUAUCACCAAGGAAACAUUUACGACGGAUGAUUGGUUACAAACCGGCGAUAUUGGUGAAUGGAACGAAAAUGGAACACUAUCUAUCAUUGAUCGUAAAAAGAAUUUGGUCAAGCUUAGUAAUGGGGAAUAUAUUGCAUUGGAAAAGUUGGAAUCCAUUUACAAGAGUUCUCUAUAUGCAUUGAAUUUAUGUGUGUAUGCGAAUUCAUUGUUACCUCGGCCUGUGGCGCUGGUCGUCCCUGUAGAAGCCGCCGUACGACAAUUGGCAAUUGAUCAUGGUGUGAAUGAUGAAAAGGACUGGACUCGACUCUGUGAACAUCCAACCGUCAAGACAGCCGUACUCAAGUCCUUGCUCGAUCUAGGAAAAUCCGCUGGACUCAAACCUGCUGAAUUCCUGUUUGAUAUUACGCUCUGCUCUGAAGAAUGGACGACGGAAUCGGGAUUGUUGACUGCAGCACAAAAAAUCAAACGUCAAGAUAUCGUGAAAAAGUACAAGACUGAAUUGGAUACCAUGAACGCAGCACAGAAACCUUAAAGAAGACAAUCAAGGUUAAUUACCCACCCCUUACUUAUUUAGUUACAGAUUACUAUUGUUAUUACUGUUAUUAUUGAUAUUACUGUUAUUAUUGUUAUUACUAUUAUUAUUGUUAUUA